CGUAGUCAAUUUAUUUCCAUGGUUGGUUUGAGCAAAUGACUAAAUGAGCCGUUUCACAUCGAGCAAAAGCCAUCAUAAUUUCCAACGGUAACCAUUUUCAAAAAGAUUCAAUUCAAACUCCCAACUAUAUUUCUCCUUCCCUUUCCACUCCAAGAAACCCCAAAAUCAAGGAACCCAUUUUCUUCACGAUAAGCUUCAUCCUCUCACUACAAUGGCGGAGAAUCAAGAACAAGUGAGGCCAAAGGAGAGAGAAAUCCCAGUUUUCACAGUCUUGAAGAAUAAUUGUAUAUUGAAGAACAUCUUUGUUCUAGACAACCCUCCUCCGAUUUCUUCGUCUUCCUCGGCCGAAAUUUCUGGUCAGGAAUCGGAAAGGGAAGAGAUAUUGCUGGUGGGGAGGCACCCCGAUUGUAAUAUAAAGCUGGAGCACCCGAGUAUCAGCAGAUUUCAUCUCCGCAUUCACUCUAUGCCCUCUUCUCGAUCUCUUUUCGUCACCGAUUUAUCAUCGGUACAUGGGACUUGUAUUUCUGGGAAAAGAAUCGAGCCCGGGGUCACAAUGGAACUAGUUCCGGGUGACACGUUGAAGCUGGGGGAAUCGAGUAGAUUGUACCGACUUGACUGGGUUCCGAUCAGCUUUGCUUAUGAUAUAAACGACCCGUUUGUACCUCAGCCGGAUACAUUGGAUACAGUCGAUGAAGAAACAGAAGGAGCAGAUCAGGAUGAGAAUCGUCUCUCUCGUGAAAAUGAAUGGGGCUGGGAUCUGAGUGAUGAAAUAGAAGCUCUAGGGUGGCAAGAAACAACUGCAGAAGUAGAGAACACUCGUUUGCCUGAAAUGUUGAGCAACGAAAAUGAAAUCACCGGUAGCCAGCUGUUAUUGCUGGAUGUAUCGUUAUCAGCUGAUGAAGAAACAGAAGGGGCGACAGAGCAGGUAAAAAUGUUGAGCAACGAAAAUGAAAUCACUGGUAGCCAGCUGUUAUCGCUGGAUGUAUCGUUAUCAGCUGAUGAAGAAACAGAAGGGGCGACGGAGCAGGAUGGGGAUAGUUUGCUUCAUGAUCUAGGUGAAGUUAUGGAAGAUCGGCCGUUCUGUGAUGAGGCAACUACGCCUCCACUGCCCGAAGAUGAGGCCAGUUCGCCUCAAAUACGUGAAGAAGAAAAUGAAUUCUACAGCAGUCAGCUAUGUCAAGUUGAAAAGGAAAACUCACCACAGCUUGAAGAUGAAGUUGAGAGCAUGCCAGAAAUAUGCAUAAACAAAAACGAUUUCUUGCGCAGCAUUCCAUUAGCAGAAACUGUGGAAGCUUUUGAGAGGAACUCGGAGAAAAGGUUAGGGAUGAACAUUUGGUCAAGGAGGGGUAAAUCCGAAGGUGUCAAGAUCAGAACCAGCAGAAGCAAGGCAACCUGCGGGAUUGAAAAUUGUGUAAGCAAAUCAAUGCUGAAAGAUCAAUGUGAUGCUAGUCCUGAUAAGGAUGAAGAGAUCUUCACGCCGGACAAGGAGAAUGCCUCUCCUGAUUCCUGUCUGGUCAGAUCCUUGCGGGGCAAAUUCAACGAAACUUUGAAGAGUGAAUCAAUGUCAGACGAGGACGAAGAAGUUUUCACCUCAGACAAAGAGAACAUGACUCCAAACAGUCAUCUGCUUAGGUCCAUCAAGAACGUUGGGAGUUCUCAAGAAGUUAGGCAUCUGAACUUUCACAAACCUUCGCCCUUGAAGACAGUUAGUCGAGGCAUCCUUCAGGAACGUAAACCAGCAAGUUCUGCUUCCAAAAGCCAUUGCAGCUUGAAGAAACAGCCUCCUUGUGUUAUGAAGGCAGCAGAAAGGGAACCUUUUCUUCUGCUGCCUGUGAUUUCCACCGGUGAUGAUAAGCCCACACCGAUACCUUCAGCUCAUGAAGGCACGAUGAGAAAAAGCAGAUGUAUCGAUUACUCAAAGGUGAGUGGGAACAGGUGGAUUAUUGUAGUAGACACUGCUUGUCUGCUAAACAAGAAGUCGAGGAGGGAGCUGCAGCUAUUGAGAGGUCUUCGAGGGACUUCUUUGGUCAUUCCAAGAAUCGUCUUGAGGGAGCUCGACUGCAUGGUGAGACGCGCUAGUUUCCUGUCAAGAAUGACAGAGGCCUCUGCUGCACUGCAGUGGAUCGAAGAAUGUAUGGCUUCAUCAACGUGGUGGAUUCAUGUGCAGAGCUCAGCAGAGGAAAGCAGGCUCGUCCCACCAACUCCGCCUGCUGCUGCCUCUGCUCACUGGUUCGGUGAGGAGAAGGGAGCAUUCUCUGUUGGCUCUAUCCCUUUCUCUCCCUAUAGUUUGCAAGAAAUCGUCACUCCAACCGCUGCAGACCACAUUCUCGAAUCUGCCCUUUUCUUCAAGCAAGCCAUGAAUGGACAUCUUGUCCUUCUCAGUGAUGAUGUCACUCUAAAAAUCAAAGCCAUGGCUGAAGGUGUCAUCUGCGAGACAGCAAAGGAAUUUCGUGCCAGUCUUGUCAACCCUUUCUCAGCGAGGUUCUUGUAUUCCGACAGCUCUCCAAGAGGGCCUACUUGGACUUGUGUGGAUGAUACUGUCCUUAAAGAGAAAUACUACCCGAGCCCCAUGAAGAAAGCCACGAGAUUGGGAGACGGAGCUAAGGGUUUGAAGCUGAUACUGCUGCACAACUCCAAUUUCAGACCGAUGAGAGCUUAGGCAGUUGCAAAAUUUAUGACCCAAAUUUGAGCGCUUCUCAAUUUCUCGUUGUAUGUUAUGUUACUAUAUUUUGGCAGUGGAUAUAAUCAAAUGGAAGUCUUGCUUUA